GGAGGUAACUGCUGUAGAUGUAAGUAUAGGUACAGCGAGGGUCGGGUACACGUUCGUCGGUCUCACAGUAGUGCAAGCUCCACUAUCCUCAACAAAUAAUGGCAGAAUCUCAGUCUAACGCCGACAUCAUUAAGGAAAUCAGGACGAAGUUUGUGGGGAAGUGGAAAAUGGUGGAAUCUAAUAACUUCGAAGCUUUCCUCAAAGAAAUGGAUGCCCCUUUCCUUGCCCGUAAAAUGGUUAGCACCAUGAAGCCAGAUUGUGAAAUCAGCAUCAUUGACGAUCAGGUCCGCAUCUACAUGUCAGCUAUGGUCAAAUCACAAGAAUUCCUCUUCAGAUUCGGGGAAACGUUUGAUCAGGAUAUGCCACACGGUAAAGCCAAGUUGCACCCAACGUUUGUUGAUGGGAAGAUAGUCUUUGAUGUGGACCCUGUUGACUCGAAACACAAGAAGCACAAAAUGAUCCGUGAGAUCAAGGAUGGCAAACUGAUCCUUACACUUGAGGCGGGGAACACAGUCGCAACAAGAAUAUUUGAACGUGCAUAGGGUCGCCGUUGUUGCAAGUGACGAGAGACAAUGUUCAGAUCGCAGUGAUCUGUUUGGCGUACGCAGGACUAUUCGAGAUAUUUAAGACAUUCGCAAAUACCUGUGAAUAUGUUGCAUAGGAAAACCAUACAUUGUUUUCACAGCACUAUGUAUAUAUUUUAUGGACCAGCGUCAUGUUUUGCCAUAUACUUUUGCCACUUACUCGUAAUUUGUUAAACCCUGAAAUAGCAUUUUAAAUAAAUCAGAUGGAGAUUCAACGCACGUUAGUUUUGAUUGUAAUAAGACAAAAUUUCAAAACUAUAUCCUUAUCACCCCCUAUCAUUUUUAAAUAUAGAUUUACCUAACUUG